AUGUGUGGAGGAGGCGAGGUACAGAGUGUGAGCAGGAGGAGGAGGAGUCAGACGCGUGCGCAGGAGGCGAGGAUUUCCGCAGUGUGUGGAGGAGGAGGCGGUCAGAGUGAUGUGGAGGCGGAGCUGUCCGCGCGUGAGCAGGAGGAGAGGAGGUCAAGUGGUGUGGAGGAGGCGGCGGUGCAGAGUUCGUGGAGGAGGAGGAGUCCAGCGUGUGAGGAUGAGGAGGAGCAGACUUGUGGAGGCGGAGGAGAAGGUCAGAGUCUGAGGCAGGAGGAGGACCAGUGUAAUAGUGGAGAGGAGGAUAGUCAGAGUCAUGAGCGGAGGCGGUCAGAGUGUGAUGAGAGGCAGGACAGAGAGUCUGGAGGAGGAGACCAGACGUGUGUGAGGAGGAGGUCCCGAGUGUGCGGAGUAGGCAGGAGGCCAGAGUGUGAGGCGGAGGAAGCCAGAGUGUGUGGAGGAGGCGAGCAGGCCAGAGUGUCGUAG